AUUCCCUGAUUACUCCCUCUGCGUAUUUAAGCCCUGUGUUUUCCUGUGCUCUCUGUCGCGUUCUACCGUUUACUUAGCUGUGUGUUCUGUUAGUCCUCUGGUUUAAGUUUAUUUUGAUUUUUUCCAGUCAUGUUAUGUUACCCCUUUUUGAGUUCAGUAUUAAAGCUGUUUUGAGUUCACCUUUGGUCUCCGGAGUCUGCACCUUGGGUCCUAUUCCUGUCUGCACACAGCCUGUACCUAACAGAAGAACGCGACCAUACUAUGGACCCAGCAGACUCCGUUUGGUAUCGGCGACCCGCAGUUUCUGCCUUCCUCAAGGAGAGCGUGAGGCAGGAGGCUAAGCAUGCCCAGGAGCUCCAGUCACCCUUCUAUGGGUCUCGUUUGGCUUUUGGAGGGCCCCGCAGCCUCCAAACUGCCAUGGCCACGGCCGAGCCGGCGCCUAUGCCUCGGGCGAUCAGAUUGAGCACGUGCUCAUUCUCUCCAGUCGCUACACCUCCGCCUCCACCCCUGGAUUACCAGUCCGACAAGAAGGUUAAGCGGCGGAGGAAGAGGGAUUACGUGACGCCGGACGUUAGACUCACUCCGCUGCAAUCCUUCGCUCUGUUUUUGGGUCUGCCACGUUCUGAGCUUCACAAACUCUCUGCUUCCUCGUCGCAGCCCGGUCUUUUGGAGGGUUCGCAGCCCAGUUUGCCACCUCCCACUUCCCGGAGAAAGCGACGUUCACGCAGUCGCCACUCUGUCUCUGCUGAGCCACUCCCCGUGGUGAGUUAUAAUGACUGUUUUCAUUCUGCUCCCUCUAAGCUGGAAAAAGACAAUCAUAUGAACACUGCUAAAACUGAGACCAUUAAGACUAUUACACAUGGUGGUGGUAGGAAGCUAAAAAACAUUUUAGAGGAUUCUGUGUUUUCUGACCCUGCUCCUUCGCCCAGUUGUGUUCCUGCUCCCAGGGCGGCUCGGGCCCAGCAUUCCCCUGCACCUGUUUCAGUGCUUCAGGUGAGGGAGGCUGAGGUCCAGCUGGUCCCUGCUCCGGUGCCUGUCGCGGCACCCGUACCUUCUCCUCGGGUGGGAGAGGCCGGUAUCCGGCAGGUACCUGCACCUGUUUCUGACCUCGCUGGAGGCUCAGGUGAGCCCGUCCAGCGAUUUUCUUCAGGUUCUGGAGGCUCAGGGGAACUAGCUCAGCUUACUGCUAAUCCACCACCUAACCCACCAUUACUACCAUCUGCCAUCACCUGCGGCUCCCACGCCGUCACCUUGUCCAGCUACGGCUUCGGCUUCGUCCUCGCCUGGUCCAGCUACGGCUUCAGCUCCGCCGUCGUCUGGUCCAGCUUCAGCGUCGCCUGCAGCGUCACCCUCGCCCGCUUCGCUUGGUCCUGCCUCGGCCACGCCGACGUCCGGACCACAUCCUGCGCCUCUACAGCGCCGGCCUCCUUCCAGGCCUCUGAUUACACGUCCUGGGCCUGCUCGUCCUGCUCGUCCUGCUCGUCCUGUCCGGCCUGCUCGUCCUGCUCGUCCUGUCCGGCCUGCUCGGCCUGCUCGUCCUGCCCGGCCUGCUCGUCCUGCACAUCCUGUCCGGCCUGCUCGUCCUUUCUGGCCGCUUUCCAAGCCGAUGAUUGGACGUCCUCGCCGUCGUGGACGGCCUCCUGA